UUCGUUGAAGUACGAUCUAUUAUGCUUCAAUCGACCAUUGUUGACGCGUCUUCUCAGCUCAAAACAGACUCCAAAACUGCUAAGACGUUGGAUUUGAAAAAAGAAAUUCCCCAAACAGAAGAAAAGAACUCCAAAAAUGACCAAGUACUACAAAAAGUUGAGAAAAAUGCGACUCCCGAGAAAAGACUUUCAAAUGGCUCUCCUGAUCUCAAUGUUGGUCCAAAUAUUUCAUUUGAGUGGAAGCCGCUUUAUAAAGGUUUUCCUGUUGAUCCUAUGGGACAAACUUUUCUCCGUAUGCCGCACAUCUGCCACACAGUCCAGGCACAAAUGCGCCAGGAAAAUAUGCAAAAAAUCAAGCGGCCAAUGAACGCAUUCAUGAUCUGGGCGCGGCUGAAUCGAUCCACGAUUGCAAAAAGAUAUCCUUACGCGAAUAACGCCGAAAUUUCAGUGAAGCUGGGUGAAAUUUGGAACGAUCUUUCGACAGAACAACAAAAGCCGUACUUCGACGAAGCUACUCGGUUAAAGGAGAAACAUAAAAUGGAAUUUCCUAACUGGGUGUAUCAACCUCGUCCUGCGAAAAAGCGUAUGAUGGAAAUAUCCUGCUCACCAGUGAAGACUAUGAAUUCGCCUCAAAAGCAAAAUUGCCAAGCUACAACCGAUGUGAUGUCACCUCCUUCUCAUUUCACGCAUGCCCAUUCCUUUUGCUCUCAAAGCAGCCAUCCAAUUAUAACUCAGGCGCUCCCAACCACGAUUCUUUCACCUACAAGCUACUGCGGGUCGCAACGAGACGGCACUACCCUAAACCACGGACUUGUCAAACAAAUGUUUCAAGCACAGAGUCUAGAAACACGCGUUAAAUCGAACAGUGAAAGCAUUCCCACUGAACUCAAACCUAAAGCUGAUGACUGGCUUGACGGCGAGUACCGGAAAGUUGAAUCAGGAGGGUGCCAGUCUAGUCAACACCAGGGAGGGAGUGAGAGAGAUUUUGUUAGAGAAGACGCAAUGUUGACUUCAGCGAAAGUGUCCGAAGAAGUCGAAGUUGAAGAGCUUAACUAUGAUAGCUGUGAACUAGAUAAAUAUCUAGCUGGUUUGGACGAGACUAUUAAACAAAGUUUAGAAAAGCUUAACGAGUGUCCUGAUGACCUUGAUUUGCUCGAAGAUGAUUUGGAUGAGAAAUUUGCAGAGCUUGACGAUGAUGACGAUCUUUGAUUAAAUAAUUCUGAAGAUUUCUGAACAAUUAUAUACAUAGAUGUAGUAUAAAAUAUAGUGUAGUAUAUUACUAAUUGAAUUAAUUAUUCCAUUUUAUUUAUCCUUUAUUUUAGUUUGAUUUUGUCAUCGAUCUUGUGAAAUCGCAAAUUGUGCCGAUUAACGGCUAAACAAUGGUAUAAUAAAGUAUAGC